AUGGAACCAAAAGACGUUGGCAAAUGGGAACCAGAAUUCCAGCUUUCAAAUGUCUGCAUCCACGCCAGUCUGCUCCCUACCAGCGUGGGUGCCGGCAAAAUCCUCUACUGGGGUCGCCGCAAGGACCCCAGAAACCAGGACCUCACAGAUGUCAUCUCGAUGCACGAGCACCAAACUUCAUCCUUCAUCAUGGAUCUCAACGCCAAAGGAAAACCAAGUACCGCCACCGCAAACGCACCGAAAGAUACCAAGGGCGACGACGUAAAUCUCUUUUGCUCGGGACACACCUUCCAGCCCGACGGCACGCUCUUGGUGGUUGGUGGCCACUGGCUAGACGGAAUGGGCAUCAAGCAGGCUUGCAUCUUCAACCCCUUCGAAGGGGAGGGCAAAUGGAUCCCAAUGCAGCCCAUGGAGCGCGGUCGUUGGUAUCCCACCGCCAUAAAGUUGCCGGACGGCAGCAUCCUCGUCGUCUCGGGCGCGGCAGGCGGCAACCCCGAUCCUAACCCGGAACUCUGGCGAGGAGGCAAAUGGGGGAAAGUCCAAUAUACCCAGAGCAUGAUCCUCUAUCCCCGCCUAUGUAUCGAUCCAAAAGGCACUGGCGCCGUCUUCAUGUCUGGCCCGAUGGCAAUAUCACAGUGGCUCCACCCCCCGGUCUUCGGCUCUACCAAUACCGUAGGCGCCUGGGACGAGCAGACUGCGAAGCGGGAGGGCGGCCAGCGCGAGUAUUCCCCUUCUGUCAUGUACAACAGCGGCAAAGUCAUCUUCAUUGGUGGCGGAGCCGAUGGAGACAAAGUACCCGAGUCGAGCUGCGAGCUGAUCGAUCUGACAGAGCCUACCCCAAAGUGGAAACAGGCUAAGCAGUCCAUGGCGUUCGCACGCCGACAGCACAACGCCACCAUCUUGCCGAACGGUAAGGUCUUGGUGACGGGAGGUUCCAGUGGGGCAGGCUUCAACAACGUAAGCUUCAAAGACGCUGCCCACAAAGAGAGGUGGCCUGUCCAUACACCCGAACUGUGGGACCCCAUAACUCAGGAGUGGACGAAGAUGGCCCCAGAGGGAUUCGACCGCUGCUACCAUUCCACCGCUCUGCUGCUACCAACUGGCCAAGUCCUUUCCGCCGGUGGCGGCGAGUGGAUCCCUGACGAUACCCAACAAUGUAACCACCAGGAGGACACGCUCACCAAUGCCCAGAUCUUCAACCCGCCCUACCUGUUCGACGCCCAAAAUCAGCCCGCCACCCGGCCCACGAUCUCAAACGCCCCAGGCAGUGUCGACUACGGCGGCAAAAUCACCGUCACUCUCGGCGCCCACGAUGAUGUCGGUCGUGUGACCUGGAUGCACAUCGGCUCGGUCACGCACUGCAACAACCAGUCCCAAUCCUUCCUCGACCUGACUUUCAACGACAAGAGUCUUCCCAAACUCGAAAUCGAUGCUCCAGUCAGCUCCAACAUCGCCACCCCAGGCCACUACAUGCUCUUCGUCCUGAACAAGAAAGGUGUGCCGGCCAUCGCGCCCAUCAUCCGCCUCAAUGCUGCCCCUGCGCUGGUGCCUAGCCACAAAGUCCUGGCCAAACAUGUCGCCGUCGAAGACCACGUUCCCCUCGAUCUCCACGCCCACAGCGCCCAGAUGGUAGCCGACCAGAAGCGUCCACCCGUCGUUUUGGGCCUCACGCCUCUGUGUCCAUACGGUCUCGGUCCCUGCUGGGGCGGCGCCUACGAAGCUCUGCAGCACAUCUCCGACGUCGAGCUCGUCCGGCCCCUCCCCAACAAAGAAGACUCUCUCGCCUUUGUCUACACUGCACACGACAUCCUCCCGGACAUCGACAUCUGGCGCAGCGAGUUCCAGCGGCUCGCUGGCGGCGCUUACACCUGGCGCGGCAUCGAGAUGACCUUGUCCGGCGUCGUCACCGCCACUGGCGGCGACGAGCUCACCCUCGCCGGCAACGAUAGUCGCCCUGACCUUUCCCUCGCGCCCUUCCAGCAAUCCAGCAAGAUCGAGUGGGACUUGGCAACAUCCUCCCUGAAGCCCAUGUCCGAAGCCGAGGCCGGGGCCUACAAACGUCUCGCCGCCGCCGUCACCAAAAGCCCAGGAACCCCCCUACAGGUCACCGGCACCCUGCAGAAGCUUGGCGACGGCAAGUUUCAGCUUGACGUCAAGGACUUUGAGGCUGUUGGUGCUUAG